UUAAAAGCAAAUUUUUAUACAUACUUGGAUAAGAAGCACACAACAAUUGGGGAAUCAUUGUUUGAAUUAUUUUCAGAAACAGCUGCAUGGUAACAACAAAAAUUGGAUUACACUUAGUUUGGCCAGUAUUUAUCUAGAACACUUCUACCUUUUAGACAAGUAUCUUGAUAAAACACUUAUUUGGGGUCAUUCAGAAGCUGUUCCUAACAAACAAGAUUUUUUUCAAAAGCCUGGAAGUUUUGUGUUUUUAGAAAUCUAGUAUUCUAUUUUCCAAGCAGAUGAGAGCUCUGAGAGUUGUGUGCUCACAAUUUUUAUUUAAUAACUUUCUCAUGCUUAAAAUACAUGAGUUACACUGGAAAAAAUCUUAAUGCAUUUUUGCCUUUAUUGCCAAUAAAAUCUUUUCAGAAGUGAAACAUAGAGGUGUAUAAUUCUGCAUUCGUAGGUCUAAAUGAAGAGAAGCUAGCAUAAGUCUCAUUAACGCCUGGUCAUUUUGACAAAAGCAAGAAACACCUAAGAACCUCCUCUCACUCUCCCAGUUCCCUGGUUCAUUCACGAUUCACUCUCAGUAACUAAAAUGCUGUCCUUGGGAGGAUUUAUUUGAAUCAGUCUUUCACAUACAAUGGAUGUUGUAGGAGAUGACUCCCCACAUGUUGUUAAAAGCAUCCUGAUUUUGCUGGCAGGAAUAUGGACAUCUGUUUGAGGAAAGAAAAAAAGUUUCAUGCAAAUGACACAGUCAAAGAGAAGAGAAGGGAUGUGCAAGUUGAGAAACCAGUGACAUUUCUUGUAACUGUACUAUGAGUCAGCACUUUUUAAUCUUCUUGAUAAUGUAUGGAAAUGUAGUGAGGUGACAGGGAGCAGUGUUCACUUGACGUAUGCGUAUUUUCGCGUGUGUGUGUGUUUGUGUGUGACUUCAUGGCAUCAAUAAUUCUUUUUUAAAUGAGGAUACAGUAAAUUGUAAUCUGUGGAAGGCUGACUGGAAUCAACAUACCCGUAGCUUUAGAAAGCAGUUUCCGCCCAACGAAGAGUGCAAGAGCGAUGGAACCCCAUGUUCCUGGAAGUUUGCACAUCAGAGUAAACAAACUUGAAAACCCCUCUUGAUAGCAGAAUUCACCCAGCCUUGUUCCAUUUUCUCUUAACAACACACACCGCAAACGCUCUCACAAGCUGCUUUGAUGAAGCCACAUGUAUUUCCCCCUUCACAAUUUACAGGAAGUUACUCUUAAAAGAAAGUGAUUCUGGUGUUUACUGCCCGUGUUAAAGGGACAGAGUUCCUUUUUAUCUCUGAUAACGUUUGACCGAAAUAUAGAAUCAAUUUACAGACUCACAUAGUAUGUGACUGAGAGCAAAGCAGUAACUGCUCUCCGGUCUGAGCCGUGGCCUACUGCUUGGAGACUACAAGUGGCAGAUGACCAGGUAUUGAUUGUAGCUGUGUAAGGAAAUGUCUUAGGUCUGAAAGAAAGGUGUGGUACAGGUUAAAAAGAGGGAGAGAGAGCAGCUUUCUGUGGAAGGGUAAGGAGUUUCAUGAUGGAGCAGUUUCAGUAAGGAUGUAUAUUUUGAUUUUUCCUGUUCUUACCUCUGCCUUUUUCCCCCGAGUGGCCUGUGUGCAUCUGUUAAACAGAAGUAGUGUUACUACGAGGCAAACUUUGAAAUCUGCUUUAUGCGUUGCCUUUAAAGAGCGACAUGGUGUCUUCCUGUUCUUUUCCCAAAAGCACAUGCCUAUGGCUCUGUGAGUGGCGUUUCAGCCAACCUCCUCACAGAUAAGAGGGUUCCCUCUCCCCUCCUUUGGCAAGGCUGAACAUGUUUAUCAAGAGGAAAAGUGACUCCUUGGGAGACUGUCAGAUUCUGGCUCCUGUCCCAGCCUUCACUUUGUUAUGCCAGGUGAAGUUCACCUUUGCCCCACCCAGUGCUUCCACAAAAAGGCAAGGUUCCAAGUAUUUAUAUGAACAAGUGUUACUUCUGGACUCCGAGGCUUGGGGGUGGAGGAUGUUUGCAUAGUUUAAGCCUUGGGCGGGGGUGUAGGAAAUGGCAAGUACAGAGGCCAUAGAAAAAGUGGAGAGACUCGGUGUGACGUACUCAGUCGGCUUGUCUUCUACGCAGUGACUCAAAGCAUUAAAAGUCAGCAUAAUCGGAACUCAAGUUUGUAGCAUCACCCAUUUGUCAUUCGCUGCUGUGGCAAAAGUAGGACUCGGCUGUUUUCAUUCAUCUGAGGCAGCUCCUUAAAUGUUGUGUUUCACCCCUUUGUUAUUUUCCCCCCAUACGUGAAAAGACGAUAAAACUGAGAUGGAAAAGAUCUAUUCCGGAGGGGAGCUUCACCACUUCAUCGAUGGCUUUAACGAGGAGAAAAGCAACUGGAUGCGCUACGUGAAUCCAGCGCACUCCGCCCAAGAGCAAAACCUGGCUGCGUGCCAGAAUGGGAUGAACAUCUACUUCUACACCAUUAAGCCCAUUCCUGCCAACCAGGAGCUGCUUGUGUGGUAUUGUCGGGACUUCGCAGAAAGGCUGCAUUACCCUUAUCCUGGAGAGCUGACAAUGAUGAAUCUCACUCAAGCACAGAGCCAUCCAAAGCAGCAGAGCACUGAGAAAAAUGACCUUUGCCCAAGGAACGCCCCAAAGAGAGAGUACAGCGUGAAAGAAAUCCUAAAAUUGGACUCCAGCCCCUCCAAAAAAAAGGACUUCUACCGUUCGAACAUUUCACCCCUCACUUCAGAAAAGGACACGGACGACUUCCGGAAGAAUGGGAGCCCCGAAAUGCCCUUCUACCCCCGGGUCGUGUACCCGAUCCGGGCCCCUCUCCCGGAAGACUUUUUGAAAGCUUCCCUGGCCUAUGGGAUGGAGAGGCCGACGUACAUCCCUCACUCCCCCAUCCCGUCCUCCACGACGCCCAGUCCCUCAGCAAGAAGCAGCCCGGACCAAAGCCUCAAAAGCUCCAGUCCUCACAGCAGCCCAGGGAACACCGUGUCGCCUCUGGCUCCGGGGCCUCAAGAUCACCGGGACUCCUACUCCUACUUGAAGGCGCCCUACGGCUCUGAAGGUCUGGGUGCUUACCCUGGAUACGCGCCUCCCCACCACCUCCCGCCAGCCUUCAUCCCCUCCUACAACGCCCACUACCCCAGGUUCCUCUUGCCCCCCUACGGCAUGAAUUGUAACGGCCUGAGCACCAUGGGCAGCAUCAAUGGCAUCAGCAACUUCGGCCUCUUCCCCAGGCUGUACCCCGUCUACAGUAACCUCCUUGGUGGGGGCAGCCUGCCUCACCCCAUGCUCAACCCGCCCACUCUGCCCAGCUCGCUGCCCUCGGAAGGAGCUCGGAGGUUGCUGCAGCCGGAACAUCCCGGAGAGGUGCUGGUCCCAACGCCCCGCAGUGCCUUCUCCCUCACCGGGGCCGCCGCCAGCAUGAAGGACAAGGUGUGCAGCCCCACCAGCGGGUCGCCCACUGCGGGCACAGCUGCCACGGCGGAACACGUGGUGCAGCCCAAAGCUACCUCAGCAGCGAUGGCAGCAGCCCCCAGCAGUGACGAGGCCAUGAAUCUCAUAAAAAAUAAAAGGAACAUGACUGGCUACAAGACACUCCCCUACCCGCUCAAGAAGCAGAAUGGCAAGAUUAAGUAUGAAUGCAAUGUCUGCUCCAAGACUUUUGGCCAGCUCUCAAACCUGAAGGUCCACCUCCGAGUGCACAGCGGAGAACGGCCUUUCAAAUGUCAGACUUGCAACAAAGGCUUUACUCAGCUCGCCCACCUGCAGAAACACUACCUGGUCCACACGGGAGAAAAGCCACAUGAAUGCCAGGUCUGCCACAAGCGGUUCAGCAGCACCAGCAAUCUCAAGACCCACCUGCGACUCCACUCCGGAGAGAAACCUUACCAAUGCAAGGUGUGCCCCGCCAAGUUCACCCAGUUCGUGCACCUGAAACUCCACAAGCGCCUACACACCCGGGAGCGGCCCCACAAGUGCGCCCAUUGCCACAAGAGCUACAUCCAUCUCUGCAGCCUCAAGGUCCACCUGAAGGGGAACUGUCCUCUGGCCCCAACCACAGGGCUGCCUUUGGAGGACCUGACUCGAAUCAACGAAGAGAUCGAGAAGUUUGACAUCAGUGACAAUGCCGACCGGCUCGAGGACAUGGAGGACAACAUCGAUGUGACCUCCUGUGUGGUGGAGAAGGAAAUCCUGGCCGUGGUCAGGAAAGAGAAAGAAGAUACUGGCCUGAAAGUGUCUUUGCAAAGAAACCUGGGGAAUGGACUCCUCUCAGGGUGUAACCUCUAUGAGUCAUCAGACCUGUCCCUCAUGAAGUUGCCUCCCAGCAACCCACUACCUCUGGGACCUGUCAAGGUCAAACAAGAAACAGUCGAACCAGUGGAUCCUUAAGAUUUUCAGGAAACAGAAAGUGUCUUAUUUUGUUUCUUAAGUUACGACGUGGCGAGUCAGGGUGCCUGUAGCAGAUUGCUUGUACAUAGACCCAGGGCCGCAAAGCUCUCCCUCACCUGUCUGGAAUUGAAGAAGGAGCUCCAGAGUUACUGAAAUCUCAGGGCAUAAAUGAGCAAAGACAAUAUAUUAUACAUAUUAUACAUACUUAUUUACCCCCAUAUAUAUAUAUAUAUAUUUGAACCUGUGUAUUUUGAAUAUUUUGUGUGAAUAUGUUUGCAUAGCCUUCCCAUUGCUAAGAAUAUUGCCUAGCCAUAAUUAUUUUUUCAAUGAUAUUAAUCCUUCAUAAUUUAUUAUACAAUUUUACCACUUAAAAAGCAAUAAUUAAAAAAACGUUUACAAUGACUGGAAAAAUUCCUUGUAAUUUGAGUAUAGAUGUUAUAUAUGUUUGUCUUGUGGCCAUUCUUUGUUAAACAAUCUCUGCACAUCUGUUAAAGUACCUAAGAUUUAGUAAUCAAAUACAUGACUUCAGUCAACCUCCUUCUGUAAUAAUGGUUUGAAAAUGAGGUUUUGGUAUAUGCCAAAAAUAGACAGUUGAUGUGUUAAUUCAUAGGAUCAUGUCAUUCGAACAGCAUUGCAUACCUUGGGGGUAUGUGUGCAGAAUUACCCGGUAAUAACUUCCAGUAGAAUAAACAAGAAAGGGAAUCUUGUAUGUUUCUGUAGAUAGUGCGUUUAUUUCCCCGCUAGCCACAGAGUUCCUAGAAAGGUGACAACCUGUCUCCCUCUCCAAAAAGCAGGGUCACCGCACCCCCAGAGUCAUGUGACCAUUCAGAGUGGCCCCAUGACUUUUGCAUUCCCACCUUAUUAUCUGAAAAUGUGAAGAAAACAAAAUGCCAUGUUUAAAACCACUGCGAAGCAUUUCCAAAGCACAGAUGGUUUUGUGUGUGUGAGGUUUAGGGGCUUGAGUCUGGGUGAUGUUUUUGUUGUUGGGUUUUUGUUUUAUUUGUCAUGUUAAAAUUGCACAAGCAUGGUGCUCCACCAGGAAGGAUUUGAGGUAGAUGGGCUCAGGCCACACUUAAAAAACAAAACAAAAACAAAAACGGGUAUUCUCCUUGUCUUAGGGUCAAAGCGGGUAAUGAGCAUUCCUAUCCCCGACACAUCAAUUGUAUUCUUUCUGUAAAACUCCGAUUUUCCUCAGUAUUUGUGUUUUUCCAUUUUAUGGUUAAUUUAAUUGAAGAUGAAAGGGCAUUGCAAAGUUGUUCAACAACAAUUACCUCAUUGAGUGUGUCCAGUCGUGUAGGAAAUGAUGGCUUAUCUAAUGAUUUGCUACUCCAGACGAAACUAAGUGUGCUCCGGAAAGAUAGAACAAGGCCAUUCUAUCUCUUACUCUGCUUAGCCCAAAGAUUACAUGUCGGCAUUCAAGGUGUAGCAAAGAAUGAUGUAUAUUUAUAAAUCUAUUUAUACCACUAUACCAUGUAUAUAUAAUAUAUUUAUAACCACUUAAAUUGUGAGCCAAACCAUGUAAAAGAACCUACUUUUCCUAAGGGCAAGAAAAGACCAAAAAAAAACCAAAAAACAAAA